AUGAAUCUCUUUAAGACUGGCAUUUGGCAAAAGAACACUGCGUCCUCCUGGCUUAUGAACUUCUAUUUUAUUUGGCUUGUUUGUCAUAACUGUUGCAGAGCAAAUGCAGUUUGGACUGCUUACAUGAACAUAUCAUUUCAUGUGGGGAACCGCAUGUUGUCAGAGUUGGGAGAGACUGGGAUCUUUGGAAGAAGCUCCACUUUAAAGAGAAUAACAGGAGUUGUAGUGCCACCAGAGGGAAAAACUCAAAAUUCGUGUGAUCCCAAUACCAUUUUCAUCAGACCAAGGAACAAAGAGCCCUGGCUGGCACUCAUUGAACGGGGAGGUUGUACCUUCACACAGAAAAUUAAGGUAGCAUCUGAGAAGGGAGCCAGCGGAGUGAUCAUCUAUAACUUUCCAGGAACGGGCAAUCAAGUUUUCCCCAUGUCUCACCAGGCAUUUGACAACAUCGUUACAGUUAUGAUUGGUAAUUUAAAAGGCAUGGAAAUUUUGCAUUUAAUUAGGAAGGGAGUUCAUGUUAUAGUCAUGGUUGAGGUGGGGAGAAGACACAUCAUCUGGCUGAAUCAUUAUUUUGUCUCUUUUAUGAUCAUCACAACAGCUACUUUAGCAUAUUUCACCUUUUAUCAUAUCCGGAGACUUUGGGUAGCAAGGAUUCAGAACAGGAGAUGGCAGCUAUUGACAAGAGACCUGAAGGAAGCUUUUGGCCAGCUGCAAGUUCGAGUAUUAAAAGAGGGGGAUGAGGAAGUAAAUCCAAAUGCAGAUAGCUGCAUCAUCUGCUUUGAACCUUAUAAGCCUAAUGACACUGUUCGUAUUCUCACUUGUAAACAUUUUUUCCACAAGAAUUGCAUUGACCCCUGGAUUCUAGCCCACGGCACAUGCCCCAUGUGCAAAUGUGACAUUCUGAAAGCUCUGGGGAUUCAGAUGGACAUUGAGGAUGGAAUAGACUCUUUGCAAGUUCUGAUGUCAAAUGAAUUACUUGGAACCAGUUCACCGAGGGAAGAGGAGACAAAUAAUGAACUUCCUCCAGCAAGAACAUCAGGCAGAGAUGUUCUUAUACAAGAGCACCCUGCUUCUCCAAAUACUGACAGCCCCCCUCAAGCAGUAGAGGAAACCCGUCAGCCCUCAGUUUGA